UGUGCAACGCGACGGUAUUGUAUCACAGUAUAUCAGCGACAUCGUUGCUCGAUAGUGAUGUAGAAAUCACGCGAAUUUCGCAAACAAUCGACGCCGAUGCAAUCGUAUCUCGCUCCUCUAAUCUCACCGGCGAGAACGCGUCCGUCUCAGCAAGUGACAUCCAACUGUGUUUGAUCAACCGGUCGACGCGCUUCACGAUAGUCAACAAUAUUUUUAAAACAAGUAUUUCACGUUGUGUUGUGUCGGAACCAACGUUGUUGAUACGGCACCGCCGGAAGUUCGUAUGAAUAUUCAACCGACGGUACGCGACGCAGUUUCACGUCGCACGCUCGUAGGCAUAGCGCGAAAAUCGGCACGACGCGCGAUCUCCGAAGGUUUUUCCCGUCUUUCUUUCUUUUGCUUCAUGAAUCUUGGGUUAUCGGCCGGAUGAGAAAGUAAGAGGGAGGGAGUGCGCGGAUUCCCGAGGAGAUAUGUCGCACGAUUUGAACUCGUCGACGACGACGUCGUCGUCGUUGUCGCUGAACUCUGAGCAGACACAGGCGGACGCAAGGGACGAAAAUCUCGCCAGGUGGGAAAUCGCAGUGCUGACCAGCAUAUUUCUCAUCACCCUCAUCGGUAACAUACUGGUCCUACUCGCGCUCUACGCCAAAAGACACUACCAGCGACGUAAGCUCACCAGGAUGUACUUCUUCAUCCUACACUUAAGCAUUGCCGACCUGUUGACGGGUCUGCUAGACGUUCUACCGCAGCUCGCCUGGGACAUAACAUUCAGAUUUCAGGGCGGAGCAGUGCUCUGCAAGCUGAUCAAGUUUAGCCAGCCAUUCGGCGUGUACCUCAGUUCUUAUAUCUUGACAGUGACCGCGAUGGACAGGUAUUACGCUAUUUGCUAUCCCUUCAAUUACUGCAGCGCCACGUCUAAGAGAUCGAAAACGAUGGUGUACGGCGCAUGGGUGCUUGCCGCUGUGCUUUGCGUGCCGCAGAUCUUCAUAUUCUCAUAUCAAGAAAUAUCGCCGAAUGUUUGGGAAUGUUGGGCUACGUUUCACAUGAAGUAUGGCGAAAGGGCUUACAUCACCUGGUACAGCGUGACGCAGUUCCUAUUGCCUUUCAUCGUGUUGGUGUAUACCUAUCUGAGGAUAUGCUUCUCGAUAUGGACAAGUAAUAAGAUGUCGGGAGCGGUCGAUCUGAAGAGCAAGAAGAGCAAUAAGGUCAGUUUCUCGCAGCGAGAUCGCGACCCAGUCAUCUCCAAGGCACUGAUUAACACCGUGAAACAAACGAUCGUCGUGGUCACUCUUUACAUCGUCACCAGCACGCCUUUUAUCGGAUGCCAGCUCUGGUCGACGUGGGAUCCCAGUGCCAAGACUUCGCCGUUUUUCACCGGAGCUGCCUUCACUAUUCUAAGUCUGUUAAAUAGUCUCACGAGCUGCGUCAAUCCUUGGGUUUACUUCGUGUUCAACAGCGAGUUGCGCGGCGCACUGAUGAGCUUCUUUUACAACAGGAACGAUUAUUCGUUGCCCUACGACAUCGCGCAACAGAACGCGUCGGACGAACCUUCCACCACGUCGUCGUUUAUCUCCAGAAUCUCAAAGAUAUUUGGAUGAAAACGACACGAAAUAAAGUUUGCAUUUUGAGAAGGACUGUUUUGAAUAUAAAUAAUACAGUGUGAAUAGUUGAUGCGCAACACAUACGCACAUACACACAUACAUACUAUAUACGCCUACAAAUGCAUAAACGCGUUUGAUACGACAGCGUCAAGACGCACGAUUACUUUGUACGAGAAUUUCUUAAUGAAAUUUGUUGAUAAAACAUGUUUACUUUGUCAUUCCUUCCAGUCGUCCGCAAACGAAAAAGAGAGAAAAAAAGAAAUGCCUCCUUCACCAAAAUAUUUUACAACAAUUAACCGAGCGCGCACAAAAGUGACACACACACACAUACAUACACACACACACACAAGAGAUAACCACUAUCAAUUUUUUUUUUCUUUUUUUUCAUCA